AUGUCUAAAAGGAAGAGUAGCCAGGAUGAUAGUAAUAGUAACAAAGUAGUGGACCCAUUCGAUGUAGAUGAUUAUGAUCCUUUUGCAGGUUGUGAUGGUGCUGGCACUGGAGGAGGAGGAGAUAAUGAUGAUGAUGGAGGUGCAGGAGGUGACCCAAGACAGUUCAACAAGUUCAUCAGAAAGGUACAAUUGGAGAAGAAGAAACUGAAGCAAGAGUUGGACAAGAUGGCUCAGAAACAAGCUGGUACUGCAGACAUCAGGUCAUUCAUGUCCAGAAAGUCAUCCAGCAAGCCUCUCAAUACACCCUCGACAGGUGUAACAAUACAGUUGCCUCAGUCAUCACUUGGUAUACAUAACAACAACAACAAUAGUAGUAAUAAUACAGCUCAAACAAUGAGUGAUGCAUUGACAACAACAACGACAACAUCAACAACAACAAAGAGCUCACUGUUUGAGGAAGAGGUUGAAGAUGAGUUCGACUCUGAUAAGCACUUUCAGAACAUGAGGAAGGAGAGACAGGACAAGCAGUCACAAAUGGAAAAGUCAAAGAUAGACAGUAUCGUCACCAAGAAGCCAAAGGCAAAGAGUAGUAAUAAGACAUCAAAUGCUGCAACAACAUCAAAUACAACAACAACAACAAAUGGCAAAGCAAAGAGUAACAUCGAUGAUACCCAAGAUACAAUCACCAUGUUGAUGAUGCCAAUCACAAGCACUCAAUCAUCAACAUCUUCAACAACAACAACAACAACAAACAAGAACAACAUCAAGAUCAAUCCUCCACAACAUCAAAAUAACGGCAACAAUAAUGACAUCAAGAUGGAUUAUGACAAGAUGAUCGAAGAGAAGAUGGCAACAAUCAAAGGACACAAGGAUGCGAUUGACAUGAUCGAGAACCAACUGCACAAUGCAACACAGAAUCUCAAGAAGGAGCUCAAAGAGCUGGACCAUCUCUAUCAUCUUAAGGAACAACAGAAGAUGCAACUGUAG